CCACAAUGGAAGAAGCUAUAUUGCCACCGCGUGAAUGUAGUUCUCGCGACAUUGUUUGCACGAUGACAGAAUGACGUAAGUUAUGAAUGAUGUCAUGGAUACAACAAAUAUUGCACAAGGUAUCAAGGUGUUGUCUUUCACAAAAUAUCGUUGAUCGCGUUAGCAGCAGCUUACCGCAGAAUAUUUAAGCGAAAUUCUGUGAUAAUUCAUCAGCUUUGAUUCAUGUGAAGAUAAUGCAGAUGGGUGAAGGUUAUGAACCUGACCGUUUCGUUGAUCGAGUUCUUCAUGGUUUUAAAUGCUGCAUUUGCCAGUGUGUGUUAAAUGAGCCACGAUUAUGCGAGGCAGAAGAACAUAGAUUUUGUUUAAACUGCAUAUCUCAACAUCUUCCUAAUUCCCAGACAUGCCCAGUAUGUCAGCAACCCCUCACUUUUGAAACUUUAAAAUGUCCUGGAAAACACUUCAAGAAUAUUUUAUCAGAGCUGAAAAUCAAGUGUGAAUACAUCAAUCGAGGGUGUCCCAAACAUGUUGAGCUUGGAAAUCUACAAAAUCAUGUGAAUAAUUGUGAAUACCGUCCAGUAACGUGUGAAGAGUGUCACCUUGAAGUAAAUGCAAAAGAUGAAGACAACCACAAGAAGAAUUUCUGUCAGCUUGGUGGAGCCAAUAUUCAGGGUUUAAAAGAUAUCAAACUGCGUCAAAAAGAAAUGAAACGUGAAUUGAAGACUAGCAAAGAGAGACAGAAACAACUCAAUGAGAGACAAAAUAAAAUGGAACUAACUCUAAACUUAGGUGGCGAAAAGUUACAAGGAAUAGAGAAUGAACAGAAUUUGCUGAGAGAUCAACUGAUUGAAGUCACCAAUAGGUACGAAGAAAGUCAUAAUUUCUCGAGUUCGUACAAAUAUGAAAUGAGAAAUGAGGUGGAAGGAAUUAAGAGAAGCCAUGAUGAGGCAUUUAAGGACGCUGCAAAAACUAAGAGAAACGUCGACAAGCUAAAAGUCCAGAUCCGUCAAAUGGCAACAAAAAAAGAGAUGACGAAAGAAUUUGUCGAGGUGAAACAAGCACAAUCAGAAAUGAACGAGAAACUAGAGGGAAUGGAGGAGUUCCCUCUGACUUUCUUCUGUGCAAAAAACCUUUAAACUCUGCAAAUUCAUCGAGAAAUUGCGCUAUUUGGAACGGUAUGUAACUAUAAUAACUAUAAACUUGCUAUUCUUAUUGCAGUUUUAGUCGCGUCUUGUUACUUUAAAGAUGUGUGGUUUGUUGAUUCCGGUCUGGUCUAAUUAAUUUAGGAUUUAAAUGGACCUACUUUUUUACAGUCUUAUAACUCUGCGAAUACGCAAGCGAAAAACACAAAAAUACCACGAAAAUAUAGUUUGAGAAAAGCACUAUAACCUAACCGCUUCUGUUCAAGAUUUAGUCAGAGUUAUAACUAACAGCGGGCGAUUUUAUAGCGAUUGAAAAAACCACUACCCGGUGGAUAGCGCUAUCCAGCUUUCAUACAACCGUCCCCUGGCUUUUAGCUGUUGAUAAACAAAUACGAAUUGUUUGAAGAAUCCUGAUCAAAUUCAAAUAUUUUCACCUCUGCGCUAUGAUAAAGAAAAGAACAAAGCAAUUAAUCACGGAUUUGUCAAACUGCCUUUUGUUAAACGAUGCUUAGAAUAAUUAUUAUGCAUGGACGACAAACGUGAAUCAGGAUGUGUGUUGAAAUUCAAUCAUUUUCUUGCCACGAUUUUUAAUCGACUUAUAUUUCCUUGUUUAUUUUCUCUACGCUGUGAAAAUCGUUUCAUUCAACAGCCAAAUGCUUGUUCUGUCUUCAUAUUCGAAAGUUAUUCUCGUUGAUCAAGUUAAAAUGGGGACAAUUGAGAUCAUUGAAGGAGACUUCCAAGGGGGAUAUGGAUAGUUCGGGGUAUUUGGUGAUAUAAUUUUCUUGGUGUAUUAAG